UAACAUUUAAAGAUGUUACUAUGGCUUUUACCCAGAAAGAAUGGAAGCAACUUGAACCUGCUCAGAAGAACCUGUACAAAGAUGUGAUGCUGGAGAACUACAGCAACCUAGCUUCAAUGGCAGGGUAUCAAGCUCCCAAACCAGACAUGAUCUCUAAGUUGGAAAAAGGAGAAGAACCAUGGUUGGGUAAGGGGAAGAAACCCAGUCAAAAUCGUCUGAAUAAAAAAGCAAGAUCCAAGCAAGUAGGAACCAGUAGAAAAGAAGAACAGUGUGAUGAUGACCAGCUGGAGAAUAACCAGAAAUCUCAAAACAAACCCAUUAGGGAAGUUGCCUUUAAGAACAGAACUUCAAAUAAGAAGAAAGGCAGUGAGUGUGGUUCAUUGGGGAAAAAAAUUAAUGCGAAAAACCCUUUGAAUGUAAUGAAUGUGGAAAGACUUUCAGCAAGAAGUCACACCUCAUUAUACAUCAAAGAACUCAUACGAAGGAGAAACCUUAUAAAUGUGAUGAAUGUGGGAAAGCCUUUGGACAUAGCUCAUCUCUUACUUACCAUAUGA